AUGAGCUAUGAUGGGAUUCACCAAAGGGGAACAAAAUAUGACUACGUUAUCAACGAGCCAUGUGACCACGCCAACGGGCCAUAUUUAUUAGUCCUGGUUAUUUCUGAUCCCAGAAAUUUCAAGGCAAGAUGGAUGAUUCGUGAAACAACUGGAACAGUCAAGUCAUAUGACGGGAAACGCAUAAGAACCGUUUUCAUUGUAGGCCGCACUGAGAAUGCCUCUAUAGAAAGAAAUAUUACGCUGGAGAGUGCUAGGCACAGGGAUAUCAUCAAGAUAGCGUUUGACGAUUCAUACAAGAAUUAUACACUCAAGGCUCUUCUUGCUUUUCGAUGGACCAUAGAGCACUGCGCUAAUGUGAGUUAUGUCUUGCGAUGUGGCCAUGAUAUCACGGCACAUUACAAAGAAAUUGUGCAAUACGUAAGUGAACUUCCUUCAAAUUUGGCAUCAAACCUUUUUGCCGGCAAACUUAUUCGAAAAGGAACACCCGUGUUUCGUGACCCUCACGGCAAAUGGUACCAGUCACGGGAAGAGUUCAGCCAAGACACAUAUCCUGCAUAUAUUUUAGGUUUUGCGUCACUCUUUUCAUUUGACGUCAUUCGUCGUAUUCACUAUGCCUCGCUUUGGAAACAUCUUUUCAUGGAGGACAUUUUUACGUCCUCUUUAGCAACGGAAAAUAAUAUUACACUUACACACAAUCCGAAUUUUUGGCAAUAUGGCUCUGACAAAUUACUGGAAAGAGAAUGCUGUUUGCUCAGCUCUUUGGCUAUUCACCGAGCACCAAAUUUUCGAGUCUGGAGUGCUUUGAAUGGGAAUCGGAGUAAAACAGAGGCAUGUGGAAGGCAGGGAUGCUUUGUUACCCCAAAAUAA